UAUGGAUUCAAUAAAGGAUUGGUUAGUGACCAGAUGUAGAAACGUUAAAGGCGAAUUGGAAAAUCAGUUACAAUCUUUGGAUAAGGAAAGAAAAACUCAUUUAAACAUCGUCACACCGAAUACAAUACCAACGUUUUACAUUCCAAGUAGCCACAAUAACGAUGACGAUUCAAAUAGUUUAUCAAGUGGACCCUCUCCUAGACAUUCUCCUGUUUGUCCAUCGCCGAGCCUUUUAUUGCCAAGCUCUACUACUUUCCAGAGGAGUAAAUCGUUACCUGGAGAGGAUUUCCGCAGUUCUCAUAUUCCAAAGCAUAGAAGUCAUUCAUGGAAUGAUGACGACAAACAAUCGGAGACCACUAGCUGCCGUUUGACAAGGAGGGCCAGCAGCAAGAGGCGUAAGGUUCCUUCAGUAGUUGCUCCCCUUGGGGUGCCUCUUCAAAGUGGAAGCGAGCAGUACUCGUCAGAACGUGCAGCUACCGAAAGGUCAAACAGAGCCUAUAAUAGACGACGUUCGUCACUCCCUCGAGUUGAAGAUGCUGACUUGGAGAAAUUAAAAAUAUGUAAACCAAACUCAGAAUUUGGUGAACUUAAAUAUGCCCUUCAAUAUUGCAAGAAAACGGAGAGAUUGAAAUUGACGCUUCUCAAAGCUGAGAAUCUGCGAUCAACAGAUCCGGAAGAGACACUUAAUCCCUUCGUUAAAGUAAUGCUAAUGCCGACUAAAGUACAAAAGCAGACGUCUAUCAUUCAUAAACGAACUAAUAAUCCAGUUUUCAAUGAGACAUUCUUCUUCGAAACACUUCCGCCAAAUAAGCUAUCGGAAACGAGAUUAGUGAUGAAAAUCUUUCACAAAUCUGCAAAUUUGAAACGAGAAGAAAAAUUGGGUGAAGUAACAGUUGAAUUUAAUUCGAAACAGGAUUUAGUGAAGGAGAUUCGGGAAUGGCGGGAGAUCGAUAAAGCGGAACUUGGCAUGCUACAAUUAAGCGUUCAAUUUGAACCAAAGAAUGAAACUUUAUCAGUUGGUGUUCUACGGGCUAACGAUUUACGCAAACAACUAGGAAGGGCACCAGAUAGUUAUGUGAGAGUUGAAUUGAAGCAAGCUAACAAAAAAAUGUCAAAAUUCGAAACGGAAACUAUCAAAAAAUCCACGCAUCCGGCUUAUAAGCAAUUUUUCUCUCUUCCUAUCUCACCAAAAAUCGACGACUUAAACGAAACGACGCUCUACGUUACUGUUUAUGCUCAGAUGAGGCUGAGAAGCGACGAUCCCCGGGGUCAAGUUAGGUUAGGUCGAAACGCGACAGAGGAAAGUGAAUUCGAGCAAUGGAACAGGAUUUUACAAUAUCCCGGUGUCGAAGUGAUCCAAUGGCAUCAUCUAAUGGAAAUUGACUGA